ACCAAGUUGUACUCCGUGGCAGACUGUCAACCAGAACCAUGGAGCAAGCCCGCAAGGUUCUCACAGAAACAUUUGGCCUUCCGUCCUUUCGUCUGUCGCAAGAGCCAGCGAUACAAAGAUUAUUGGUUGACAAUGAAAACACUCUUGUAGUGUUCCCAACGGGAGGUGGCAAAAGUUUGACGUACCAAGUCCCUGCUUUAUGUCUCGAGGGCCUCACACUCGUGGUUUCUCCUUUGCUUUCCCUUAUGAAAGACCAGGUGGAUGCUCUGGUACAGGCAGGUGUGAAAGCGGCCAGUCUAGACAGUACUCUUACGAGAGAAAGAGCUGCAUGGGUUAAGGAUGAGGUACUGUCAGGUUCACUGAAGAUCCUGUAUGUAUCCCCUGAAAGGCUUAAUAACGAAGCGUUCCUUGCCAUGAUGCGUAGAAUCAAUAUUUCGUUGUUGGCAGUGGAUGAGUCGCAUUGCAUUUCUCAGUGGGGUGCUAGCUUUCGUCCCGACUACCUAAAAAUAGCGCGUUUCGCAGAAGAAUUUGACGUUCCACGCGUAGUCUGUCUGACUGCAACCGCGACAAAGAAAGUCGUAGAAGAUAUUUGCACGGGUUUCCACAUUGAUAAGGAGGCCGGUGUAUUUCGCGCUCCUGUUUAUCGGCCAAACCUCGCAUUCCAAGUGCAAGUUGCGCAAACUGCAGAUGAGAAACUGAAGCACCUUGUACCCCUCCUGCAAUCCAGGACAGGCCCUGCGAUUGUGUAUGUCACGUUGCAGAAACAAGCUGAAGAGAUAGCAGACAUCUUGUGUUCGCACGGACUCAUGGCUACAGCAUACCAUGCCGGGCUGCCUUCUGAAGAGCGUGAACGAGUGCAGACCGACUUUAUGCAGUCAGAAAAUGGAAUUGUAUGCGCGACCAUUGCGUUCGGGAUGGGCAUCGACAAGGCUAACAUCCGUCACGUUGUUCACUACCACGCACCGAAGACUCUGGAGAACUACAGCCAGGAGGUCGGAAGAGCUGGCCGUGACGGCUUAGAGUCGACUUGUCUCAUGUUCCUCUCUUCCGACGAUAUACCUGUAUUGGAGGGAUUUGCCCGAGGCGAUACAUGUGCCAAACGGGACCUGGAGCUCUGGUUGCAAGAGAUUGCACUACAAGAGCCAGCUUUAGACGGGACGCUAGCUUUCAAUCACUAUCAGCAGUCGAAAACCUACGACAUCAAACCCACGUUCCUCAAUCAAUGCUAUGCUCAACUCGAGCUGCAUCAUAAAUAUCUCAGAGCGGUCACGCCGUUUUAUUCUGUAUAUGAGAUCUCUGCGCGUACCGACGAUGGUUGGGCCAUGGUUCUUGAAGAUAGAUCGCCCGCAGCCACAGCAAUUAGAGAACACUGGAAAUGCAAUCGCAAGGGAGACACAUAUAAGAUCGACGUGGUUACUGCAGCAGAAUACUCAAAGAUAGAUCGUGCAGAGAUCGCCAGGCAGGUCAGUAACUGGCAAAUAGAUGGAUGUAUUUCUGUCAAAGCGUCACAAGUCAGGGCGCGCUACCAAAUCCUCAACCCGUUGCCCAAGACGACUGCUGGAAUCCAAGAACUGGCCAAUGAGUUGUAUGAAAGGAUGCUUGAUCGAGAACAAGAGGCGGUCGCGAAGCUCCGUCAAGUCAUCCGUUUUGCAACGAACGACAACUGCUUCGCAAAUGCUAUCUCCUCAUACUUUGGAGACGAGGAUACGGUAUUACUAUGCGGCAAAUGCAGCUUCUGUACUACCGGUACAGGCAUUGAGUUCACACCUCAAACGGAGUCAGUUCCGGAUCCCGAGCAGCUUCAAGCCAUCUUGCAAGCAUGCCCUGAACGAGAUGAUCCUCGACUUCUAGCGCGCAUGGCCUUUGGCAUAACCUCUCCGCGCCUGAGAGCAGGAAAAUGGUCUACUUCGCAUCCACUGUUCGGAAGCAUGGUUUCUGUAGACUUCAACGCGCUUGUGGCGGCAUUCGAUAAGGAAUGCCAGAAGGUGGGUUAUGCCAACAGCCAGAGCCACACUUCCACAUCUGCACUGAGGACGAUGCAAAAGCGAUCGUAUACACAGUCUGCAUACUUUGCCCGCGGAUCAAGUUCAAGCCGUGGUGGUGCCCCUAAGGCCCUAUUCAGUACCCACGCUUGGCCUGCGCUUGCACAAUACGUUCGUCCGCUUCCUGCAACUCUUGGCUUUGAAACCCGAGCCAAAGUUCCCAUGCCACCUUAUCACGGCUUCAUGGGUAACUGGACACGGCACCUCCAUCGCCUCAUGCGAUGGUCACACAUAUAGUUCACGUAGGACAGUCACUCGUUCAGGAUUUAGGUAUGGAGAUCUAGAGUGGGUGGAUUUGCAUUGUCAGGCAUGAACAACGUGUGUAAAACAUAGGUCAAGGCUUUAGAUAGCUGAGUGUAGCCCUGCUUAGUAGUAGUGAUACACAGUGGGUAGCAGUGAAUAAACCUUGGUUGAGAUGCA